UCCUGGAGAACAAAUUAUAAACAAGCCUAUUGUUAUGCAUAAAAAGAUAUUAGCUGAAAAAGAACAACAAAUUCAACAGUUUUUAGCAAAUAGAACAAAUGUAAUUAUGAGCUUGUACAAGACUGAUUCAAUAACUAAUAAGCCUGUAUUCUAUCUAAAAUAUUCCAAAGAUAUAUUUUGA